AACUGAUUUACUUCCUCAGUUGCCGGGCUGCACCUGUGAAGUGGAGACAACGUGCUAGGACCUUGGUGGGCGUGCACGUCUCACUCCCACUCAGGCGCCGACGACACGGGGUUGUCUGUUGCUCUUGCAAGUUCGUCUUGAGACUGGGCUGCGAGCUGGCGCUGCAGUGAAACGCCACGGACGAGGAAGUGCCCAAGUUUUCCUUCGGGAAGUUCUCGUUUAGAGGAGUUAGGAGAAAAACUCAUUGUUAAUCCCACAUUCAGAAGCCACUUAUCUUGGGAGGCUUCCGAGGUUCUAGAAAGCAGGUAACUUAUGUCAGUUUACUAAAUGUGGGAAGGUGACCCAUAACUUGAAACAUCUGCCUCAGACUAAACCUGAGGCAUUUGGGGACGAGUGCCAGACCCUCCGCUGCCUAUCAUGAGCGGUAGGGCUUACCGCUUGCUGCAAAGAGACUUCCAUGAGCUCAGGGAGAACAAUUAUAAGGGUAUCGCUGGUAGGCCUGUAAGUGAAGAUAUGAUGGAAUGGGAAGCUGAAAUUGAAGGUCUACAGAAUUCAGUUUGUCAGGAUUUAGUCUUCCAACUGACAAUACAUUUUACAUCGGAGUACAACUAUAUUCCUCCAGUUGUGAAAUUUAUGACAAUUCCUUAUCAUCCAAAUGUAGACCCACACACUGGUCAGCCCUGUAUAACUUUUUUGGAUGACCUUACGAUGUGGAAUACAAGCUAUACAUUGAGCAGCAUCUUACUUGCCCUACAGGUUAUGCUUUCUAAUCCAGUGCCAGAGAAUCCAGUGAAUUUGGAAGCAGCCAGAAUACUGACUGAAAGUGAAUGUCUGUACAGAGCAAUUCUAAAACUUUUCAGCAGGCCAUUACAAAUGAAAGAUGACAGCCAGCAGUUACCUAAAGACCCACAUAAACGUAUGAGAUCAAUUAAAAGAGUCCUAUUUAGUGAUUACUACCAGAUAUGGUCUGAAAUAGCUACAUCAGCAGCCACAGAAUACUACAGAACUCCAUUGCUCAAAGAUCCAAAAUUCAUUGGACAGUAUUACAAAUGGAAGAAAAUGGAUCUACAGCAUCAUAAAGAAUGGAAUUUAAAGUAUGCUGUUAUCAAGUGUCAGCUUGCUAGAAAAAAUAGAAUGCCUCAAGAAGUCAAUCACUUAAUGGAAGGAAUUAAGCUCUGCCCAAUUCUAGAUGAAAUUUUUCUUGAGUCACCAACUGCAACAAAUGGCAUCACAGACACUUAUGAAAUGGAGGAGGAGGAGGAGUGGAAGAAUGACUAUUCAUUAUAUGCUUCACUAUAUGAAAAUGACACAGACGAGCCCAGGGAAGAGGAAGUGGAAGAUCUGAUCUCCUGGACCAACACUCUCAAUACAAAUACUUUAGAAGAUUAAGCAGCACAGGAUUUAAAAAGUAAACAGCCUCCACCACAGCCCAGCAUUGUGGAGCCGUUUUGGAAGACUCUCAGAACUUGGAUUCCAUUUUUUUCAAGUUGUUCUCAUCCUCUCACUGCAAGUACAAAUUUGAAAUAUAAGUACAAAUCA